GGAACUUCCCUGCAGAAGAUCCAGCCCAGGCAAUGCUUGCAGUAGAAGGCAAACGCAAGCCAAAACCAGCAAAGUCGAUCUCAACUUCUGUCAAAGGUGGCGGCUGGGACGAAUUUCUCAGCAUCUUCGGACCCAUCACAACUGCUGCAGGCGCCAUGUCGAGUGUAGACAUGAGCGAUCCAUUGAAUUUCGAUGUGAUGAUGCGUAAAGUGGCACAAUCACAACAAUUCAACUUGUUGAACAUUGGCAAAGCACCCCUCGCUUCGGCACAGCAAGACGCCAUUCGCAAGGCAUUACUAGCUGCAAACAAAAAGAACCCGCUUCCUAACACUGUGCUGGAUAGACUCUUGAAAGCACCUCCGAAAACGCAAGCCGAGAUGGCAGAGGCCCUGAAGCAGUCUGGAACCCCCGAAAUCGCGAGGAAAGUGGCAAAGGCUCCAGCAGCCCGUACAGCUACCUCAAGCGUACAGCGCACAGCGCUGGCAAAGGCAAUUGCGCAGAACGGGCUGGCUACAUCGCCAGCACCUCUUCCGAGCGAUACGCUGAAGAAGCAGGCCCCGCUAGCAAAUAUACAGAGCACAAUCACGCGACCAAUUACUACGAUGGCUGUUCACGCUGCUGGCGGCCAACUGAAGCAUUUGGCUACACAGAGAGCGAAAAACAAAGGGGUGGCUCUUCCAGGUCAGACGACACGCGGAGCGCCUAAACCACCCGAUGUAGCGGAGUCCAGGCCUGUCACUGGAGCAACGAAGCUGCCUAAUGGACUUGCAAAUCGUCAAAGUCCUGCUUCCGCCAGAGCAGCAUCUAUACCAGGCAGGCCACUCAAGUCUGGUACAAAGAAGCCACAGCCCCCAAAGGCUGCGUCUGUGCACGGAAUCCCAGAAGCGAGUACGAAGACGCCAUUAACGUCGAGUGCCGCGAUCGCAUCGGCUAUGAAGAAACAGGCUGCAACAAAGAGGCACAAGCCUAUAGGUACGCUGAAGUACGUGAAUGGUAAAAAUGCGAUAGCGUCACCUUAGCAGUCCGUAACGGUAUCGGUUUUCUGUGAAUUAUCGGGAUACCUGAAUCUGUAUGUGUGCAUUAAACGACAACCUGGCAACCCACCCCGAAUAGACAGAAACUUGGCACGCUCACGGGCGCUGACGUUCACUUUCUCCACGCAAUAUGCUUUGACUAAGGAACUUAAACCCUUGAAAUGCCAUACAUAAACGUAGGU